GCUGACGGUGCUGAGCCUCGGUGGUAACCGCCUCAACGAGGUGCCCGAGUCGGUUGGUCAGCUGGCCUGGCUGCAAGUCUUGGUGCUGAGCGACAACCAGCUCGAGUCGCUUCCAGCGGCUAUCGCCAACCUGAAGCACCUCAAAUCUCUGUUGCUGCACAAAAACCGGCUGCGAACUCUGCCGCCUGAGAUCGUCGCCCUCAAGUGCCUUACAGAGUUGAGCCUCCGCGACAAUCCACUUGUGGUGCGGUUUGUGAGCGACAUGACACACAACCCGCCAAGCCUGCUGGAGCUGGCCGCCCGAGUUACCAAGCAGCAUAACGUGCCCUACACGCCCGCCGACCUGCCUCACUCCAUCGUACGCUACCUGUCCAGCGCGCACCACUGUGUCAACCCGAAGUGCAAAGGUGUCUUCUUCGACAAUCGUGUAGAGCACAUCAAGUUCGUUGACUUUUGUGGAAAGUACCGCAUACCCUUACUGCAGUACCUGUGUUCAUCAAAGUGUGUAGCUGGUUUCAAUGCUUCAAGAAGAGGACUGGAUAGACCAGACCACCAGAUGAUGAAGAAAGUUCUUCUUGGAUAAUGUAUUAUAUUUUUAUAAACUAGGAAACUUAAAAUGUGAUAUAUGAUUUAAAAAGAAAACAUAGCAUUAAGAUAGAAAUUUCACACACAAAAAAGUUAUGAACAGUACUUGGGAGUGUAGGCCAAGGUGAAGGUCUAUUCAUAUCUAAAUCAUACAAACCUGAACAUAUAUUCAUUACAGUUUCAGCAGGGUUCAUGUACAAGUCUGAGCUAUCAUUAUUGGUCAUGGUGAGUGAACUAUAAAGUUCAAAUUAAAUUUGAUUUGUGAUAUCAAUUUGUUGACAAAACAAAAAGAAAAUGAAGAGCAGUGUAAUAAAUUAUACAAUGAGGUGAA